AUGACUCUGGUUGGACUUUUAUCUUGGUCCGCUGUAUCGUUGGUCGUAGCUUGGGCAUUAUACUCAUGGACUUGCCUGCUGCAAAACUAUCUGACUGCUCGCAAAGUUGGUAUCCCGAUACGGAUUUUACCCAUCAGUCAUGGCAAUCCAUUCUGGAUGAUAGUGGACAAAGCUGUUAUCUCCUUUUUCAAAUUGCUGCCCUUUGGUCGUAGCAAUUUCACCAGGUACAACUGGCGAGGCUGGGAAAUUGAGGACAAGUGUCGAUCGCAUCUCGAGAUGGGGGACGUCUACAUGCAGGUUGAUGGCGCACAAUGGAAGAAGCAACGAAAGAUCACGGCAACGUGCUUUAAUGAGCAGAACAACGCGAUUGUCUGGGCCGAAGCUCUGUCUCAGGCAACUGCGAUGGGUGACUACUGGGCAUCGAAGUCUGCUGUGAAAAGCACUGCAGACGAUACCAGGACACUUUCACUCCAUGUGCUGUCUCGGGCCGGAUUUGGCAGGUCAUUCGAAUUCCAGGGUCACGAUGAGAAGUCGGCUAAUGAACUGGCUACGAAUUAUAAAGAGUCGCUCCAAAUCGUUUUGGAUAACUGUGUGCUCAUUAUGGCAUUGGGUACCAAGUUUCUUUCCAAUCCGUGGCUGCCCCUGAGGUUGCGACGAGUUCAUGAAGCCUGUCAAUCAUUCCAAGCUUACUUGACAGAGCUUUAUGAAACCGAAAAAAACUAUUUCUCUGACGCCAAAUCCAGAGACCGUACUUUGAUGGCAUCGCUAGUACGAGAGUCUGCUUCAGAAGCAAAGACUUCGAACGGGCUUACCGAAUCAGAAAUAUUUGGAAACAUGUUCGUGUUCAAUUUUGCCGGCCACGAUACCACGACUCACACACUCACUUUCGCCAUUAUGUACUUGGCUGUCAACCCUUCAGUCCAGGAUUGGGUUUUCGAAGAGGUAGACCUUGUUUUUGGCGACCGACCGGUCGAAGAGUGGAAUUACGAGGUGGACUUUCCGCGGUUGAAACGUUGCCUAUCUGUUCUCAUGGAAACUGUACGACUAUAUACGCCUGUACCUGUAGCUAAAUGGACCGGCGACAGGGUUCAGUCACUAGAGAUUGGCGAACAAACGAUCACAGUUCCCGCAAACACCAUGGUCAUCCCUAGCUAUGCGGCCUUGCACACCCACCCAGCAUACUGGGGCUCAGACUCUCUAAACUGGCACCCAGCUCGCUGGAUCAAGAGUUCUGACCUACCGGCAGCUACAAAUGACAUGAGCCAGGAAGAGAUUAUUCCGCCGCAACGUGGGACCUUCAUUGCCUGGUCUGAGGGCGACCGUUCGUGUCCGGGAAAGAAGUUCUCUCAGGUUGAGUCAGUAGCUACCAUCGCAGGCCUGAUUCGAAAAUGGAAGGUCGAUCCAGUCGUACAGAGUGGAGAGAUCUUGGAGGAUGCACGGAAGAGAGUUUUGCACUUGAUUGAGACGGACUCCGCACAAGUCCUUCUAUUGCAGAUGUUGCACCCGGAUAGGGCGCCUUUGGUUUGGAGGAAGAGAUAG